CGUUCGUCAUUCAGUCACCGUCUCAAAAGCGGUUUACAGUUCCCUGUUUGGCUGAGCCUUUUGUCUCUGCUCUGCCCCUAAAAAAAAACCAGGUUUGUCUGACAAUGUCUUCUUAGAUAUCCCCAGCUUGAACGCAAAGAAAGCAAGAAAUCCGCUUAAAAUUAUGUUGAAAAAUGAAACCUGCACAAAUUUAUGAGAAUUUUUAGAGGUAAAAAAAUUUACAUCUUUCCGGCCGUCUCAGAAUUUUCAUUCUUGGAAAUGUCAAAAGAUUUGACCAUCUGCAUGCAAAUAACGUAAUGGAGGAAAAGGGAGAUGCCUUGCCGGCAAAUUCUGAUCGGAAGGUUCAAUGGAUAAAAACCAGUAAUGCUGCUGUUUAUAACCUUGUACAGUGUUUGUUUGGCAACGGCGAUUAACAGCUGCGCGGAGCAAUUUAUUUGUGAAGUUUUUUUCCUUUUUUCAGGAUCUCUUGUGUGGUAACGUAGAAAAUCGUUUGAAGGAGAGCAAACAAGAGUGUCUUGCGUAAAAUUUGUGGCUUCGAGCAGCGGCUUUUGCGUAUUUGCUUUAGGAGACGGUAUGAGGCGGCAGCAGAACAUGUUUGCAGGGAAAUCAAAGGCGAAGCUGGCGGGAGGAAAGCCUAAAUAUACCAAACACGAAGGAGAAAAAUGGAACCCUUAUGGCAUUUCUACUUUACAGAAACCCUAUCACAAGCCGCCAUUUUCGCCAGAGCAAAGUUGUUUCAGAUCUGAGGGCAAACGAGAACAUUGUUUCCCUCGUAAAACCCUAUCAAUGGAGGCGAGCCCCGUCUGUGCUCCCCAGGCGCCUCGUAAUACAACAUCUUACAUAAUACGAGCCAAAAACUGUGGUGGAAUUCCCGGCGUGAUAAAUACUCCUUCCCCUUCUACCCCCGCCUCUGCUUGUUUCAAUACACCGCCUUGUGCUCUCGAAGGAGUAAACCAGGAGUGGGGCGUAGAUAGCUAUGGCUCCAUGAAAGGCCUCUUGAGAGUUCGCCAUAGGAGCCCGCACGACGUUAAUGAGUUUGAACCAACCCUUGACAGGUGUAUAGAAAUCCUCUAUGAAAAGCUUGAGGAGAGAGUAGAUCAGGAUUUAAGCCGCUUCGAGAUGACUUACCCUCAGACCCUCGAAACCCGCAUUAAUGGCCAGGAUUACCAGAUUGCUUAUCUGAAGGAAGAGAGCACCGUUUUGAAGGAGCGGUUGCACUGUAUGGAGCAUGAGCUCUGUAGUCUUAAACGGCGGAUGCGAGUUUUAGAAGGCGCCACUUGUAAUGCUUUGACAAGUGGAGAAAUUUGCUCUGGAGAUGCCUCGUUUGCCUGAUUCGCAUAUAUGAAAACCUUUCCCUGCCUUACCCAGACAUGGAAAUCCUUUGUGGUACAGAAAUUUGCUCUGGUGACACUUUCCCCGACCGAUUCGUGUCUUUAAACUGCCUCCCCUGCCAGGCUUGUACAUAGAAAUUCUUCUCUGGAUACAUUCUUGUACAUAGAAAUUCUUCUCUGGAUACAUUCUUGAAUCCAAAGUCUUUAUUUCUCCUUGUACAUUCGGCAUCAAAUCUUCCUUGAAAUUUAGUUGCGAGGGCACGUUGUAUUCUUAGCGGCAGAGGCCCUGAUAACCCUCUCAAACUGCCCCAUUUUGCUUCCCCUGUUUCUCAAUCUUUUCCCUGCAAAUUAGCUUCUUUUGUUUAUCCUGGUUUUUUGGCAAGUAUUCCGCCCACGUUUUUAUGGGGUUUCCUUCUUUUUCUGCUCCUCUGAACAGGGUAACAAUUGAGCCCAUUGUCUUACCAGCUCAAAACAGUUUGUUUAAUCUUAGCGGUGGGUUGGCGUAGGGAUUGAGGGGUUCUUGGUGGCAAUGUUCAUUACCUUAUUCUCAUUUUGUAUAAUGGAUGGUCCAUGUAUAUUAGAUAGAGAGAGCAAAAUCUGUGCCUCCAUUUGUAGAUCUGGACAUUUCGUGUAAAAAUCAGUCAUGUUCAUUCGGUCGUUCUUGUGAGGGAGGACAUUUAGGUCUUUAAUUUCAAUUUUCUACUGAAAGAGAAAUUUUAAACAUGGCACCUGAAUGACACUGCUUAUGUAAAUUUGCCUGUCCAAACACUUUCAAUUUCUGUAAAAAAGCAGGUGGAAUAAAGUGGCUCUUUGUAAAUGCCAGUAGGAUGGUAUUUGUUUUGUAGAAAUAAACUGAAACCUUUCUUUUUGCA